AGGUUUCAUCAAUGGCUUUCACCUUCUUUAUCUUCGUUAUACUUCUCAAACUCUCCAAUGUCGACUCCACUCAUAACCUCACCAAUCUAUUCAAGGCUGUCCUCGUUUUUGGCGACUCCACCGCUGAUUCAGGCAACAACAACUACAUAUCCACCACAUUCAAAGCCGACCAUCGUCCAUAUGGCCUGGAUUUUCCAGGCGGUAUCCCUACUGGCCGGUUUUCUAAUGGAAAACUUGUGCCAGAUUUUUGGGUAUCUUUAUUGGGAAUAAAACAAACAAUUCCGCCAUAUCUGAAGCCGAAUCUCUCAAAUUACCAAAUCCGUACCGGAGUCAACUUUGCUUCGGCCGGAUCGGGUUACGAUGGUGUAACAGCCCGGGUUUCUGGGGUGAUUCCUAUGACUAAACAGUUGAAUUACUUUAAGGAGUAUAUUAAAAGGUUGAAGAAAGUUGUGGGGUUAAAAGAGGCAAAAAGUAUAGUUAAAGGGGCAUUAGUGUCUAUUAGUGCUGGAACUAAUGAUUUCACCAUUAGUUACUAUGAUCUACGUACAAGAAGAGAUGAUUUCGCUAUUGGAGGGUACCAAGAUUUUGUAUUGAAGAAGCUUCAAAACUUCACCAGGGAACUCUACAGGCUGGGAUGUCGAACAAUGGUGGUUUCAGGGUUACCACCGAUGGGGUGUUUACCAAUUCAAAUGGCGUCAAGAUUCACAAGAACCUGCUUGAAGGAACAAAAUUUUGAUGCAAGAAUUUAUAAUCAGAAGCUCAAGAAGAUGUUACCGCGAAUUCAAUCUUCUCUAGCCGGAAGCCGGAUUAUGUAUGCCGAUAUCUACACUCCGUUGAUGGAGAUGAUUCACAAUCCACAAAAUUAUGGAUUUACCCAAACGAAAAUUGGAUGCUGUGGAUUAGGGUUUUUGGAAGCAGGGCCAAUAUGUACACCUUUUACUCCAUUAUGUACAAACCCUUCAAACCACUUGUUUUUCGAUAGCAUUCAUCCAAGCGAAGCUGCGUAUCGUCACGUUACCAAAACCCUUCUGAAACAGAUCAUCCGUUACAUGAAUAACUCCGGUCAUAGUUUCUGAGUUUUAACUAAAGUUUGAUAAGAAAUGGUUAGAUCCAGAGCAUUGUGCUUUACCUAAACCAUGUACAUGU